UUUAAAUUAUCAAUUAGUUGAGAAUUUCCAGAAAUUAGCAGUUAGCAACCCGUGAAAGAAAAUAGUGUUUUCUAUUUAAUGCGCAAGAUAUAGUAUUAACCAGUUACUUAUCUUUUCUACAUCGUUGAAACGCGCGAAUAAGUAAACAUAAAGUUCCACGUGGACAACGGGUGGAGCGAAUUUUCACUAGUUUCCCAGUUAGCUGACCAGCUUGUAACGGUUCGUAGGAGAGAUUAGGCGUAACAGGGGUCGAUCGUACGAUUAGAAGGGAGAAACAGGUCUAGGAAAUACCAAAUCUUUGAGCUGCAAUUACCAGAAGCUGCUGGAAGAUUGUUUUUACCUAUUCCAACAAUCUCAAAGAUUUGCUCCGAUGAACGAAACAACGGUAAGCUACGAUUGUGGGGCAUGCGAUCGACCCAAUUCCGCCGAGGCGAAGAUGGUCGAAUGCGAAAGCUGCGAAACAUGGUUCCAUCUUAGUUGUGCUGGAGUAUCGCCGGGAGUUGAAAAGCGGUCGUGGAUUUGUGCGAAUUGUACCCCGCUAAUGCCAGUUGCAUCUGCGGCCACGAAAUUAAAAACAAAAGAAGCUGCGUUGCAAGUAGGAGCGAAGAAGGGUAGCCGAAAAUUGUCAGUAAAGUCGGACGCUGGAAUCACGGUAAGUGGUGGUAAACAGCUGGAAGUCCCAGAGCAAACUGCAGGUAAACCCACCACCGGAGCCAUUCCGAAAGCUACAAAGGUCAGCGAACAGAGUGAUCGUGUGUCGGACGCUGGAAUUACGGUCACUGGUUGUCAAAAGCUGGAAGUCCCAGAGCGAACUGCAGGUAAAACCACCACCGGAACCAUUCCAAAAGCUACGAAAGCCAGUGAUCGUGUAAAAAAUGGCAAAGCGACUGAAGAUUUACUGAAGCCGGCAGAAGAAGCCUCGACCCCGAAAUACAGACAGCAGCGAGUUCCCGUGCAUUAA